AUGAGCGGAACUGAACAAGAUGAUGACGAGCAAUUGGAGCUUCACGGUGAUACUCUUGCGGCAUUGCACGAGUUCUACUCGGAAAGGGAAUUGAAAGAAAAGCGCUUUCAAGACCUGAAAAGCAGUAUUGAGCAAAAGAGCUCUCCGGCCCAAUUGAGCAUGGACAUGUUUUCAGAAGAUUGGAAUGCAAGUCAAUUCUGGUACAGCGACGAAACAGCGAGUGUCCUUGCAAAACAACUUCUCCAGGGUUCCACUGCUGCUACAACCAAUAUUUGUAUCGCUUCAGACAAGUACCAGGUCUCGAGUAUCUGCCUUCUCGAAUUCGACCAUCGAUUUGACGUUUUCCGAGAAUUCAUCCAUUAUGACUUUGAACAUCCAUUAGCGCUUCCUGGUGACAUGAAGGGCAAGUAUGACUGCAUCCUCUGCGAUCCCCCAUUCCUGAGUCCUGAUUGUCAGACGAAAGCCGCCAUGACGAUUCGCUGGCUCUCGAAACCUGCCUUACCAGACGCAGAUAUACCUAGCCCAAGGAUCAUCGUCUGCACCGGCGAGAGGAUGGAGACGAAUUUUGCACCCCCUCCUGGUACCGAUCUCGAGGUGUAUCCCACCAGCUACACCCCUGGGGGCCCUAUUCCCACGGGAGGUCUCACUGUCGUCUUUUCAAUUACGACCUCAGCGCAGCUCAGGACCGCAUACCAAGCACAUUGCGAACCCCAAGGACUCGACUACUCGGAUUGCAGUAAUGCGUUGGCCCAGAUUGUCGGAAGCCAGCAAUCUAUUCAGAAGAGAUUUACGCCGUCACCGGCCGGAGUCGUGCUCGGAUUAAUCGCAUUUAUCUUUAUAGGUGUUGCGAGUUUUCUUUCGUCAUCAGCGGCAAUAGGCAAUCAGGGCGCAAACACGCCAAUCACCGUAUCUAUUCCGCCGAGUGCCCUAAGCACGAUCCCGACAGCGAGCGCACCAACAACCAACCAAGUAGACGUGACCUGCUGGCCGCAAAAGGACUGUUCGGGCUCCGCGCUCUGGUCCUACAACACCACAAACGUCGCGGCUACACCAGGGCAAACCCCAACUUGCUACACUCAAACAAACUGCCAAUGUAUAACCUAUGCCUCGACCGAUGUCGCUAUCCAGGUCUGGAAUGGCCACGAAUGUACCGGGAGCAAUUCAUUCGCGUACGCACCGUCAGCUUGCCAUGUGCAGGCGAAUGGAAAGGUGGAAACGGCCGGGACGAAUUCUUUGCAGUUUAUUCCCAUUUGUUAA